AUGACAGUUGGACUUAAGAGGCAGCUCGGCGUCAUCAGCGCCAUUAGCUACGUCACCGGCGGCAUCAUAGGAGGCGGCAUCUUCGUCAGCCCAAGUUCGGUGUUGGCUGGUGCUGGAGCAUCUCUAGGGCUCUCCCUCUGUGUGUGGGUGUUUUGUGGCUUCAUUAGCUACUGUGGAGCUUUGUCUUACGCCGAACUUGGUACUCGUAUUAAGAGAUCUGGCGGAAGCUAUACUUACGUCAGAGCAGCCUUUGGAGACAUGGCCGGAUUCACUGUGUUGUGGGCUCAGCUGUUUGUUGUGCGCCCUUUAGCGGCCGUAUUGGGAAGUCUAGUCACUGCUGAAUACAUCAUGCGGCCUUUCUAUCUGAGUGCCCAGACUUGGCGCCAAAGUCAGCCAAAGUUCUGCUUUGCUACAGUUAUCUUAUCUUUCAUUGUGGCCUGUAACUGUUAUAGCGUUCGUGUUGCUGCCGGAAUACAGACAGUAUCCACGGUCUGCAAGGUCAGCGCUCUUGUCGUCAUUAUAGUAGCUGGCCUCUAUCACCUUACUCAAGGUCACAAUGAAAACUUUAGAGACCCGUUCGUCAUUAGCGAUCUCAACCCAGGUGGCUUUACCUCGGCUUUGUAUGCUGGGCUGUAUGCAUACGUGGGAUGGGAUCACAUCAAUAAUGCAGUUGAGGAAAUCGUUCAACCACAGAGGUUAAACUUCGUUGGCGGCAGAGACAACGUCUUCCCUCGAUUCCUUGGAAUGGUGAAUGCAGAAAGGAAGACGCCUAUGCCGACAGUCCUACUCGUGGUAAAGAUUUUUGGGCAUUUAGUAUUAGGUUUUUUCAUCUACAUGACCACAUCCAACCCGCCACACAUCAACAAUCCUGAAUUUGUGUCAUGUUAA